UUUCGUGCGACGCGAGCUGCAGUGUGACUUUUUGGACACAUUUAAACCAAAAUGCGAGUUUUAUUUUAAUUCAGAUGCAUCGAAACACAAAUAUUAAUUAUGUUCCAGGUCUCGGACAUGUGGAUCCCUCCAUGUUGCGUUUGCCGGUGAGCGCGCUGGGCUCCUCUCUCCUCCCUCGGAUCUGUCCUUCCUCGGCUCCUCGCCUCGUCCACCGUCUCGUCUCCCCGUCGCCGCCGACGCCGCCGCUGCUCCCGACGCCGCCGCUGCUGCUGGCGCCGCCAUUUUACCCAUGGUGCACCGCCGCGCUCCUCCCGUCCCCCGUGAGUCCGGCGCGGUUCUUCUACGGCGGAGCGGCGUUUGGGCCUAACGUUCGACCGAUCUGUUCCACAAAUGGAUUGAGGAUGGAGCGACCGGAGAGAGAGCGAGAACCGCCGUUCAAACGCAGGAAGAGCUCAGAGGAACGAUCAGAAAACGCCAAAGAAAAGACGAGUCACAAACAGGACGGAGCGGACGCAGAGUCGAGGGACAAGAGUCAAAGCGCGAGAUAUUUUAGCAGAGAAAAAGACAUGGACAGAACUCAGAACCCGACUGAUCCUCAGAGGACGUUUCCUAAACACAGUCAGAGUUUGGGGUUUUCCUCUGGAGCCGCGAAACAGGAGAAGAUGGAGCAGGAGGAGGUCAGGGCAUCUAAUCUGAGCUCCACACCGACCAACGACCAACAAACUCAGAGGAACGUCCACGUCAAACAUCUGCUCAGACGUUGGGAGCCGGUUCCUCUGAGCUGCAGUGAGCCUCCUCCUCCUCCAGGGGUCAGCGUGGGCUUUGAGUUCACCGUGAUGUCGUACAACAUCCUGUCCCAGGACCUUCUGGUGGACAACGCCUACCUGUACCGCCACUGCCACCCAGAGGUGCUGAGCUGGAACUACAGACUCCCCAACCUGCUGCAGGAGAUCCAGAAACACCACGCAGACGUUCUGUGUCUGCAGGAGGUUCAGGAGGAUCACUUUGUGCUGCAGAUCAGACCUGCUCUGGAAGCUCUGGGAUACUCGUGUGUGUAUAAGAAGCGCACGGGCGAUAAGUCUGACGGCUGCGCUGUCGUCUACAAGCGCUCCCGCCUCUCUCUGCUCUCGUCCAAUCCCGUGGAGUUCUUCCGGCGCGGCGACGCCCUCCUGGACAGAGACAACGUGGGAUUGGUGGUCCGCCUGAGCCCCGCCUCCGACCCCGCCUCCUCCUUCUGCGUGGCCAACACCCACCUCCUGUACAACCCUCGGCGCGGCGACGUCAAGCUCGCCCAGCUCGCCAUCCUGCUCGCCGAGGUCCACCGCGCCGCCCGCCUCCCCGACGGAUCCACCAAUCCCGUGCUGCUCUGCGGAGACUUUAACUCCACCCCCCACAGCCCCUUGUACCAGUUCCUCACCACAGGACGCCUGGACUACAGACUCCUGUCCAUCGGCAUGGUUUCUGGGCAGGAGGAGAAUCCUGGAGGACAGAGGAAACUCAGAUCUCCACUCUGGUCCCACAGUUUGGGAAUCUCCACCUCCUGUCAGUACCAGAACCUGACCCAGAACCAGGACCAGACCCAGAACCAGGACCAGAACCAGACCAGACCCAGACCAGAACCAGACCCAGAACCAGACCCAGAACCAGACCAGGACCAGGACCAGACCCAGACCCAGCCCCAGCAGCAGCAGGAGGAGCAGAUCGGUGGUCAGACCCAGAGGAGCGUCCUUCAGCAGCAGAGUCUCUCUGGAGGCUCCAGCAGCUCCACAGUAGGUGGAGCCACGUCUAUGGACGAGCUGAUCUCCAGAACCACAGAACAGAUCAUCCACAGGUGGAGGAUCGAGCAUCAUCUGAACCUUCAGUCGUCGUACGAACACAAACUGAAACCAGACGGACGCGACGAGAUCACGACGCACCACUCCAGGACCGCCAUGACCGUCGACUACAUCCUGUACACGCCAGACUCACCUGUCGGCUCCUCCCCUUCCUCCUCUUCAUUUCCUGGUGGGCGGGGCCUGGAGCUGCUCGGGAGGCUCUCAUUGGUCGGUCGCUCGGAGCUGGAGGAAGUGAACGGUUUACCCAAUCAGAACCACUCGUCCGACCACCUGCCCCUGCUCGCUCGCUUCAGACUGCGCCGGUGACCACGGCGACGGACACGGUGACGGACGCUCGGUCUCCACGGCGACGGACGCUUCUGGUCUCACUGCUCAGGUGACUUCUGUACAGGAGGUUUUGACCAAUCACAGUUUGUUGAAGAGAAACAGGAAGUGACAUCACUGAAGUUUGAACGUCUUCAUCAGAGACGCCCAUAUAAGGAGAUCGUGUUUUUGUUUCCAUGUGAUGAUCAUGUGAUCAUGUGAUCAUGUGAUCACUGAAACCUCAAAAUGUCUCCUACAAAAAACGAUGGAGAAAAAACUUAAUGGCGCCGAUUUCUUGUUAAAGAAACGUCCAAACCCUGAGUCGCUUCAGUGACUCAAGUUUUAUUUCUUCUGCGUUGAUUCAGCAACUUGAGACGAUUUAAACUCAAAAUAAAUUAUUCAAAAUGGUUUGUAUUAAAUCUGUUGUGCAGAGUUUUAUGAUCGAUGUUGAAUCUGAACGUGAAUGUUUUUAUUCAGAUUUUUAAUUUCCAUAUUUGGACGUUUAUUGACGUUUUUUAUGAAGAGCGUUUUUUUCUUCUGUCACAUCAGAAUCAUGUGGAAGUUCAGACGGUUCAGAUCUGAGAAGCUCUGACGGACUCAAGUUUGCUGCUAAAACAUUUGUUCUGAUUUAGAAUUUGUGCCAGUUUUCAAAGUGUCUCUUCUUCAGUCCAUUUCUCUGUUCUUCUCUGUUCUUCUCUGUUCUUCUGUUUUUCUCUGUUUUUUAGCUCAGGGUUUUCCAAACUGUGGCCCGGGGCCCUGGUGCGGCCCUGUCCUCAGUUUUCUUUGGCCCUUGUACUUUUAACUUUUACAUCUUCUUCCAUUAAAACUGAAAUAACUUUGACGGUGACGUGAGACGGAGCCGAUGUUCAGGCUCUGACACUGAAGACACUUUAAACCUCCGACAAAAGCUUCGUUUUGGAAAAACUGAGGGAGAAGCUCCUCCUGGACCUUCUGCUCUGAGCUGGACUUUCUCUCAGUCGUUUGAACAGAACGACUCAAACUGUUCACAUUAAACAGAAUCAGUGAAAUAACAAGUUUAUUUUUAUAAUGUUUGAAGCUUUGGUGCAAUUAUUAAAACUGGGGAUUGAACCAGCA